AUGACAGAUACCUCGGGCAACCAGGGUGAUUCAUCAAAAUACUCGGUUGAAACUCCUACAGGUGGAUUUGAUUCCUUCCCAAGGUCUCCACUUCUUGAACAGCAUGAACAUGGACUUGGACCAUCCGGUUUAGAUCGUAUCCGCUCGCAGCCGCCCUCUCGGGUCUUUACACUCCCGAAUAUGUCUACCUCUUCUAUAGGCGCUCUUAGCCCUCGGACUCUCUCUCCACCGCGCUCCCUUUCAUCAUCGAGAGCCAAUUCCAUGGCUGUUGGAUCCAGUCAAGAUGUGAAUACUUUGGAAGAUCUUCAUCGAUUCCCAUCAGAAUCACUACAUUCUUUUUCGUUCGCGCAACAGUCCGAGGAGCUAUUACACAAUCGCCAGAAUAUCUUGAAAAGGUCUAUAGAUUUUAUGCGUGACCGCUUCAAAUGGGGUUCCAGCAGCACUGCCGGAGCUCCUCAGUCUCGUAUGCGUGGUGAUACGGACACGCAGGCCAUGGUGGAUCUUUUAUCCCAGUCCACCAUUUCAGGGUCCUCCUUGGGGGCCAUGACCGGCCCUGCAGACAUGGGGAGCGACAAUGUUUUCGAAAAGCAAUUUAUGGAGCACCAGCGACCCUUGCCGGAAGUUAAGGAGGCUGUGCAGCCGCCAGCGCACUCACAAUUAACCUCGAGUCAGCAGCUACCUGCCGAGAGGAAAGGGUUAAAGUCCGCUCCUUCAUCCAGGCGCGUAAGCUUAAAACGUACAUUCACGGACGUCAGUUCUUCUAUUACACCUCAGCGGCAACUGAUAGACACUUUAGCACAACCAUAUACGGCCACAGACCCCUUUUCCCCGCUUAGCACAUCGACCAUUGGAUCUGUCUUUCCGACUCCUACCUUGCACACCCAUAGCAGCAAAUGGAACCCGGUUUCACAGGCCGUUUUUCGGACUGAAUCCAAGGCACCCUGGACCAUCCUAGCGGCAAACGACUUAUCAUGUCUCGUAUUUGGCGUUACACAGGCAGAAGUACGCAAGUUGAGUAUUCUAGAGGUUGUACAAGAGGACAGACGACAGUGGCUCGAGUCCAAACUGCGGGACCCCAUCACCGACGCUGCUGCGAAAGUUCGGCCGUCGCCAGAUAAGUCCCGUAUGAAACCCGCUACUCAAAGGUCCAUGGGAAUGGGCAAUGGUGUUACCGCACAGUUACUCAGUAAACCCCCUUCGCGAGCCCGACCUUCAAGGAGAGCCCAAACCGACGACGGCUACGGCUCAAGUGCGUAUACUGCGAGACAACUCAACCACCCCGCCACUAAAUCGCGCGGUGUUCUAUUAUGCGGUGAUGUAGUUCCCAUCCAAAAACGCAAUGGCACAAAGGGUUCUGCGAGUAUCUGGGUGAUGGAAAAGCGCGGCGGCCUAAUAUGGGUUCUAGAGGAAAUCCAGGAAGACGUCGCCUAUAUUUCCUGCGACGAUACGUGGAAUAUUACUGCUACCCGUGGCGCGACCGACAAGGUUUGGGGUCAUGGGGUGGUUGAGGCCGGUCAACAUCUCACAAAGCUUUUUCCUCACCUCCCUCCAAGUUGUCUCCAGGUCCCCGUUGAGAAGGGCCUCACCGAGGUUGUCGAAAUCAAAUACUUCGCGGCGGCUACUUCGGGGGCAGUUUGCAUACCUACUGCGGUUGCCAGAGAUGGAGACUCAAACUCUCUUCGGAUAUCUAGCUUCCCCCAUGUGGCUGGCAUCAUGGUUUUGUCCUCCUCGAGUUUAAAAAUCAUUAGCUCGAAUUCGGUUUUCUCAUCUGUAUUGUUUGGUUACGAACGCCCUGAGGGAUUGGACAUCACCGACCUCAUACCCGGAUUUGACGACUUCCUAUACGUGAUCUCCGACGAAGAAAAUGUGCCUCUGGUAGAUGGCGUUGUUAUCCCGGAGCUCAGUUUCCGAAGGGCGCGAACCUUGUCGAUGCUGCGCGAUGGAAAAGCUAAUGUCGCAUCGGUCUUUCUAGAGCCUGCUGGUAUCACUGCUAAGCACCGCGAUGGAUCUACUAUUGCCGUGGAUGUCCAGUUGCGCGUUGUAAAGAGCGGGUCGAUAUUUCCGAAGCAACGUGAGAAAAAAGUCGACAGCGAGAAUGAGACUGAUGAUGGCUCCGAAGAUGCUGUCACAGUAACGGAACUUGUAUAUGCGUUAUGGGUCACCUAUUCAAGAAACAUUCAUUCUUAUACCCCGGCAGCACGCGGACCGUCGCCGCAACAUGAAGCACCUUUGCAGAUGGAAAGCUCGUCUGAAGUUCCAACUCCCAGGCCCACGACAGCGAUGACUACAACUCCUCGACUUACAGUUCCAGAGAGAUCGAGGGCGCCGACUUCAACUCUGAGCCAGCAACUCAGUCAAGCCGCAUCUGAACCACUCACAGACAAGCCUGUCCAGCCAAUGCCGGAAGUGACACCAGCUAACGCUAAGGAGAGCAAGCGUACGAUCUCGGACUAUGUGAUCCUUGAGGAGAUGGGCCAAGGGGCGUAUGGUGAGGUCAAACUUGCCCGUCUGAAAAAGAAUCCUGCGAAGAAAGUUGUGCUCAAAUACGUGACGAAAAAGAGGAUCCUUGUUGACACAUGGACCCGUGAUCGCCGCCUCGGUACGGUUCCAUUAGAGAUCCACGUUUUGGAUUACUUGCGGAGAGACGGUUUGAAGCAUCCGAACAUUGUGGAAAUGGAAGGUUUCUUCGAAGAUGAUGUCAACUAUUAUAUUGAGAUGUUACCUCACGGGCUUCCCGGCAUGGAUCUCUUCGACUAUAUUGAACUGAAAACCAACAUGGAUGAGCAGGAAUGUCGGAAUAUCUUUAAGCAAGUGGUCAGCGCGAUUCACCACUUGCACACAAAAGCCUUGGUUGUCCACCGGGACAUCAAGGAUGAGAACGUGAUCCUGGAUGGGGAAGGUAAGAUCAAGCUGAUAGAUUUCGGGAGCGCGGCCUAUAUAAAGAAUGGACCAUUUGAUGUCUUUGUUGGAACGAUAGAUUAUGCCGCACCCGAAGUUCUCCAGGGAAAGUCAUACCGAGGCAAGGAACAAGAUAUUUGGGCUCUCGGUAUUCUCUUGUACACAAUCGUGUAUAAAGAAAACCCGUUUUACAACAUCGACGAGAUUUUGGACCAUCCCCUUCGGGUCCCGUUUAUACCAUUCUCGGAGGACUGCAUCGACCUGAUCAGGGGAAUGCUUGAUCGCGAUGUGGACAACCGCUUAACCAUAGGCGAAGUCAUGGAACAUCCGUGGAUGGCUGACAGCUGA